UAAACAAACCAGACCGGCUACAAAUGAUUGCAUAAAUUUCCCAGUCUGCUUAAACAUUAGCCUAUUUUAAGUUGAUACAGUGUUAUUGCACCGAUUUUAAAAGAAAUAUCAGUUUAGUGAGAUUACAAUUAGUGCUCGUUGAAAUGUUAAAGCUACAUUAUUCGUCAAAACUCUUCAAAAGGUAUCUUUCAUCGGCGCUCUACCUAACCGGCGACAAGGCUCGGGAGCAGUUCGCUGUGCUCGUUCCGUACCUCGACUUUAAACAUAAACUUGGGGAUUUUGAACGAUUAAAGCGAAUCGUGCGCCUUCGCGCAUAUCCCAUCGACUGUGAUAACCUCAAACUGCAGUGGGAACUGUACCGGGAUGUGGAAAAACGAAAGCAAGACAUCGAACGGUGUCGCACAGAGCUGCAGAAGCGAAUACAGCAGUCUACCGAUGAAGAGGAAAAGAAAGCACUGAAAGCACGAGCGGUACAGGCGCGUGAUGACUUAAAAAUGCUGAAAGAACGAAGCUACGCGGUGGCGGACUCAUUCAUCGCCAACAAUUUCCUGGCCAUCCCAAACGAUCUUCACGAGAGGACGCCCGAGGUAAGCGGGAAAGUACUCCACGAAAAACAUGCACCCCCGUCUAGCAAAUCUUCUGGCCAGCAUAACCUCGUAGAGGAACAAUUUGAACAGUUUGGUCCGUCCUGUCUGUACCUGACGGGCGACGCGGCCUGGAUGGACCUCCGGCUGCCAAUGCGAUGCUGUGAAACGUUCCAGGAGCAGAAAUACAUUCUCUUCUGUAAUCCUGAUUUCGUGCGCACGUUCCUCCUGGAGGCGGCCAUGGUGCCCAAAGGCUCACUCUAUCUCGUACGGGAGGACGACGAACCAGAGGACAAAGUGAACCUGCUCCACCUAUGCGGCGGUGGAUCGUUGCUCGGAUUUCUCGGCUAUUUUACCAAACUUUGCGUGUUCCCGUCCGUGCUCCCGUUGCGGUUGGUCGCGAGUGGAAAGCGGUAUCACUUCGAGCAGACACAGUCAAACGAAGUGCACAUGUUUGGUGCAUGCAAAACCGCACAGGAAGCGGAGCUUCUGUUCGACGAAACGGUGCAACAUUGUCGAACUUUCUACGAUCAGCUUCCCGUCGGUUACCGGAUCGUACAAGUGACAGCACCAGAGCUACAACCGGCGGAAUCUAUGCGCGUCGAUGUUGAGCUGUAUGACGACCAGGAACGGCGCUACGUAAAGGUAGCCCAUGUUAGCUAUCUAUCCGAUUUUCUGAGCAAACGCAUCGCCUUCAUCUACCAGGAAGGUAAAGCUCAAAAGUUUCCCCACAUCGUCACCGGCCAGGUAUUGAGUUCGGUUGAUCUGAUAAAGCUUCUGUUACGAAAUGGAAUACAGGUCAAGGACCUACCAUUUCUUGAUACAUUCGGAGCAAAAUAAAAUUGCGCGAGCAGAGUUGCGUGCGAGUAAAAUAUAA